AUGUCGGCGGCGGCGGCGGCGGCGUCAAGGGAGGAGGAGGAGUCGGUCUCCGGCGUCCGCGGCCGAAAGUCGGCGCCUGCCACGCGCGAGACAGGAUCCAAAUUCAGUGCUCAGCUUCCAGGAAACUGGAACCAUUCCACUGCAAAGUUUGCACUUCUGAAAGCCUGUGGCCAGAAUUGUGCUUCACAGAAGGCAUGGCAGGCUCAGUGCUGGAGAUAAAAGAGGCAAACAUGCUCAUUCUAUAGCUCCUCUACAGUGUACACAAAAUCGCAGCGUGCAAACUUGGAGGUUAUGGAUACAGUCAUGGUGAUGGUACCCACUGCCAUUGUUAGCCAAGAGGACUCCAUGGAGUCAGGCAAGGCCAUAAUGGAGCGUCAAACAGCUCGGAGGGCCCCUGCCAAUAUGAUACAGAUGCUAGAAUCUCUAUUUACCAGUAUCAACCUUGCUAAAGACCUCACUGCAAAGUGCAGAGGAAGAGCACUGCAACUCACAGAUGAUGAGAUGCAAAUCAUAAUACAAGAUCUGGAGAAUGUCAUUGGGAACAUAUGUGAUCAUCUUGGUAGUAUACCAGCAUCAGCACUUGGCAGCAAUGCUUACACAGAUGUGGCAGACAGGCCCAAUAGGAGGUCUGUCUACGACAGUGACAUGCCGAGGCUGGUGGACUUUCUGCGGGGAAUGUACCAUGAAUCACAUGAAUUUGGCGGGCAAAUGUUCAACUCUCUCCCGGAGGUCACGGAAUAUGUUGAACCUCUGUAUGAUGGAUUCUUCUGUCCACUGACAAAUGAGGUGAUGACUGAUCCUGUGAUAACAGAGGGCGGUGUGACAUAUGAUAGGAGAGCCAUAGAGGAGCAUUUUGAGAAGUCUGCAGACAGUUCUGAACCUGUCUGUUGCCCUUUCACAAAAAUGCCAUUGCAAAGUAAGGCAGUGAUGAGCAAUGCUUCGCUGAAGAGUGUGAUUGCAGAAUGGAGAAGGAGGAAUGAGGCAAUGCGGAUCAGGAUUGCACGCACUGCACUCUCAUUGUCGACUACUGAGGCUAUGGUACUUGAAGCCAUACAUGAGCUGAAGUUGCUGGCCAAGCUGAGGGGGAAGAACAAGGAGCUGAUGCAUAAGAUUGGGGUCACCAAGUUCCUAUCACGGCUGUUGGACAACCACAAUGCACAGAUUCGGUGUGACACUCUGGAGCUUCUGUGCUUGUUGGUUGAUGAUGAAGAGGGAAAGGAUAUAAUUGGAAAAACUAAGGCCAUUGCCAGGACAAUAAAGCUACUGUCAAGUAAUACUACUGAUGAAAGGCACGCGGCCAUCUCUUUCUUGCUAGAGCUUUCAGAGUCACAGUUAUUGCUGGAGAAUAUUGGAUCAACUGCUGGAAGUAUUCUGAUUCUCACCACAAUGAAGAUUAAUGAUUCUGAUGAUCCAAUUGCUGCCGAGAAAUCGAGGGUAGUCCUCAAGAACCUGGAGAAGUGUUCGAAGAACAUCAAGUAUAUGGCUGAAAGUGGUUACCUAGAACCCCUUCUGAGUCAUCUUGUUGAAGGUUCUGAAGAGGUACAAAUGGAGAUGGUCAGCUACCUAAGCGAUCUGGUACUAGAGCAGGAGCUCACAAUUGAUGUCAGCAAGAGCACAUCGGACAUUCUCAUCAAGUUGGUGUGCAGCUGCAACACAGUGGUCCAUAAGGCAGCGCUCAAUGUCCUUGUCCAGCUUUCCUCGCACCACCCCAACAGCAAGGUGCUCGUCGAGGCAGGUGCUGUGCUGGUCAUGAUUGAGGAGCUCUUCAUACGGAAGAUAGAUGACGAGCCCGUGAGCUACAAGGCCAAGGCUGCCACCGUCCUAGCCAACAUUAUUGAGUCUGGCAUUGAUCCAGACACCACCGUCGUGAACAAGGAAGGCCACGUUUUCUCGUCCAAGUACUGCAUCUACAACUUCGUACACAUGCUCAAGUGCUUCAUGCCCGACGACCUCAACCUCCGCAUCAUCCGCCUCCUGCUCGCACUCAGCGCGUUCGCCAAGCCCCUGGAUGUCAUGGUCUCAGUUGUCAGGGAGAACCACCGUGGCCAUGCCAUUGUCGAGCUCAUGAACUCCCCAAUGCAAGCGCUUAGCAUUGCUGCGACGAGGCUGCUCAUCACUCUGUCCACACACAUUGGGCACACCAUCGCCGAGAGGCUCUGCAAGACGCAGGGGCAGCCGGGCAGGCUAGUCAAGAGCAUCAGCCACGCCGGGCACGUCAGUGAGCGGCAUGCUGCGUCGGUGACGCUCCUCUCAAGGCUACCGCACCGAAACAUCUCGCUCAACCUUGGGCUCGUCCAGGAGGGUGUGGUGCCGGUCAUACUGAACGGGAUAGAUGAGAUGCAGAACGGCGCAACGAGAACCAGCAGGUACGCGGUACCAUACAUGGAGGGUCUUGUUGGCUCUCUGGUGCGUCUCACCACAACACUGUACAACCCGACGGUGCUGAAGGCAGCCAAGGACUACAGCUUGGCCUCGGUGCUCACCGAACUCCUCACCGGGGCUGCUGGAAGCGGCGAGGUGCAACGCCUCGCUGCUGUGGGGCUUGAAAACCUCAGCUAUCAGUCCAUCAAACUGUCCCAGCUGCUGCCCGAGGAGGACCCACGGCCAAAAAGGAAGACCAUACUUAAACGCCUGAUGGACUCAAGGGUACACAGCAACAAAGCCCCCCAACACCACAUCUGCCCGGUGCACCAGGGAAUAUGCUCCACGGUGACAACCUUCUGCCUCCUCGAGGCCGGUGCCAUCGAGGGUCUCCUUGGCUGCCUGGAGAACGACAGCCCCCGAGUCGUCGAGGCCGCGCUGGGAGCACUGUGCACGCUCCUCGACGACCGGGUGAACGUGGAGGGGAGCGUGUCCGCUCUCACCAAGCUGGAUGCGGUGAGGCGCGUGCUCGGGGCGCUGAGGCGGCACAGGGAGAACGUGGUGUGGCACAAGUGUUUCUGCCUGGUGGAGAAGUUCCUGAUGUAUGGCAACGACAGGUGCGUGCGGGAGGUGACCGGAGACAGGACGCUGCCCACAGCGCUGGUGAGCGCCUUCCACAAGGGCGACGCCGGCGCCAAGCAGGCGGCGGAGGGCAUCCUCACGCGGCUGCACAAGAUGCCCGACUACUCGGCAAUCUAUCUGUCCGUGGAGAUUUAGAGCUUGCCAUGCUGCUGCCUGCUGGUGACUAGUAUCCUAAG